AUGGCAAUUUUAACGACCAGAGAAGCGACGCUAAGAGAGGGGUAUCUAUUCAAACAAAGCAGAAGCGUAUGGAAGCUAUGGAAAGCUCGAUUCUUCAUUCUUAAAACAACUGGCUUGUUCUACUACAAGAAGAAAAGUCAUUGUAGCGGUCUACCAGCACUCGGCGUUAUUCCUUUCAAAGACAUCUCAAUGCAAGUUGAUGAGGUCGGAGACAGCAAGAGACGCAAGUUUCUCUUGAAGAUUCAUGCGGACGGUAAAACAUUUUGCCUGUGCUGCUUCUCUGAAGAAGAAAGAAACUCAUGGAUGGCAGCUAUUUUGACGGCUGUUACUUCUUUCGUUAUCGACCAACACGACGGAGCUAAACUUGGCGAAUGUUAUAUGACGAAGGAGAGCGGUCUAUCGCGGUCAAGGUCACUAGAUGCUGUAGCUGCCGCGAUAUUGAAACCGACACCAACAGCAAGCGACAAGGCUGUUAGCCUCAGCAAUAGUGCUACAGACUUAGAUCGCAUAGUUCUGCGAGACUUUAAGGCCACACCAUUGUCGAAAAGAAAGCAAAAGGCACUUUCACAUUGGGAUUGUAAAGGGAGAAAUAGUUACAUCAGUCUGGACGUGAUUUAA